GUUUACUUUUAAUAUAAAAAAGCCAAAUCUAUUCUCAUCUCAUAGCAUCACACAAUCCUAGUAUUCACCUGCAGUUGUUUUUUCUCUCUUUCAAUUCAACUUCAAAAUCAAUUCUUCAAGAAACUCAACAUGAGCAUGUUGAAGGAAGUCAUUAUCCGUGAAGUUUGGGCGUACAAUUUAGAGUAUGAAUUCAAUCUCAUCCUUCAAGCUAUCUCUGAACAUCAUCUAAUCAUUUCAAUGGAUACUGAAUUUCCCGGCGUAAUUCAUUCCCCAAAAAUUGACUAUCGUCAUCUUCUACCCUCUGAUCACUACCGUUAUUUGAAAGCCAAUGUCGAUGAUCUUAAACUCAUUCAAGUUGGACUCACACUUUCGGAUUCUGAGGGAAACCUUCCUGACUUUGGAACCAAUAACAGUUACAUCUGGGAGUUUAACUUCUGUGAUUUUGACGUCAAUCAUGAUCUCUGUAAUCAAGAUUCCAUUGAUAUGCUCCGCCGUCAAGGGAUUAAUUUUGAGCGCAAUUUAUUUCACGGUGUGGAUUCAAAGCUUUUCGCUGAACUAAUGUUCUCGUCGAUACUUGUUUAUAACGAUUUUGUUACUUGGGUCACGUUUAGUAGCGCUUAUGAUUUUGGAUAUUUGGUGAAGAUCCUGACCGGAAUGAAUUUACCAAACCUGUUAGAGGAUUUUUUGAAAAUGGUUAAAGUAUUGUUUGGAAAAAGUGUUUAUGACAUGAAAUAUAUGAUGAAGUCCUGCAACUCUCUUUAUGGUGGUCUCGAGCGGGUAGCUACUACGCUUGAUGUGUGUCGGGCAGUUGGAAAUGCUCAUCAAGCUGCAUCGGAUAGUUUGCUGACGUGGCAUGUAUUCGACAAAAUGAUAAAGACUUAUUUUAAGGAUGACGAAGCUGCCAAACAUGCCGGAGUGUUGUUUGGAUUAGAAAUUAUAAAAAGAAAAAGUGUCAUUAUCCGUGAAGUUUGGGCGUACAAUUUAGAGUAUGAAUUCAAUCUCAUCCUUCAAGCUAUCUCUGAACAUCAUCUAAUCAUUUCAAUGGAUACUGAAUUUCCCGGCGUAAUUCAUUCCCCAAGCGUAAUUCAUUCCCCAAAAAUUGACUAUCGUCAUCUUCUACCCUCUGAUCACUACCGUUAUUUGAAAGCCAAUGUCGAUGAUCUUAAACUCAUUCAAGUUGGACUCACACUUUCGGAUUCUGAGGGAAACCUUCCUGACUUUGGAACCAAUAACAGUUACAUCUGGGAGUUUAACUUCUGUGAUUUUGACGUCAAUCAUGAUCUCUGUAAUCAAGAUUCCAUUGAUAUGCUCCGCCGUCAAGGGAUUAAUUUUGAGCGCAAUUUAUUUCACGGUGUGGAUUCAAAGCUUUUCGCUGAACUAAUGUUCUCGUCGAUACUUGUUUAUAACGAUUUUGUUACUUGGGUCACGUUUAGUAGCGCUUAUGAUUUUGGAUAUUUGGUGAAGAUCCUGACCGGAAUGAAUUUACCAAACCUGUUAGAGGAUUUUUUGAAAAUGGUUGAAGUAUUGUUUGGAAAAAGUGUUUAUGACAUGAAAUAUAUGAUGAAGUCCUGCAACUCUCUUUAUGGUGGUCUCGAGCGGGUAGCUACUACGCUUGAUGUGUGUCGGGCAGUUGGAAAUGCUCAUCAAGCUGCAUCGGAUAGUUUGUUGACGUGGCAUGUAUUCGACAAAAUGAUAAAGACUUAUUUUAAGGAUGACGAAGCUGCCAAACAUGCCGGAGUGUUGUUUGGAUUAGAAAUUGCAGCUUAG